AUGUUACUUUCAGGAAAUGCUGGUUCUGGUAAAAGUAAAGCAGCAAAAAAAAUAGAAGAAUUUCUAUGGAAAUAGAAAGAAAUUAAUUCUAAAUGGAUUCCUAUCUUUGUAUCACUCCCAACUUUAAAAAAUCCAAAAUAUAAUUUAUUUGAAUAAGCUUUAGAAUCUGAUAACUAUUAAUUUGAUAAAUAUUAGCUUAGAGAAUUUAAAGAUGCUAUCUAAAAUAAAAAAGAAUAUAUCAUUUUAAUACUUGAUAGUUAUGAUGAAAUGAAAUAAGAUUGUAUCUAAUAAAAUCUAAUUAUAACGAAUAAGUUAAUUAAUGAUUUGAAUAUUGAUGAAAAAUAAAAAUAAGUCAAGAUAAUCAUCACAACCAGAAAAGAAAUAUUAAACACAUUGGGUUAUUAAACUUGGUUUUAUGGGAAUAGCAUAAGGAGUUUAAAAGAAGUUUAGAUCUAGGAUUUUGAUGAAGGUUAAAAAAGUAAUUACUUAAUUCAAUAUGCUGAACUUAGUGUAAAGAGAAAAAUAAGAGCAGUAUAUGAUUUCUUGAAAUAGAUUUCAUAAUAAAAUUUUAUUUUAGAUGAAUUUUUAAGAAUAUGGUAUUAUGUCAAGGAGGAAGUUUAUCACAGUAUUUAAAAUUCUCAUAAAGGAUAAUCAGAAUAUAUUUUUGAAAGUUCCUCACGAGAGGAAUUAAUCAAGAAAAUUUUAGAGCAUUCUCCAUUUAAUUAUUUAAAGGAGGAAUAGAUUAUUGGGCUCAGGAAAGAUUUAUCUUCUUUAUGGAGUGUUUACAAAUUUGAAAAGGCUAUCGAAAAUGUAGGAAUUGCUGAUUUAUUAUCAACUCCCUUCAUGUUUGAAAUUAUUGUUUAAGUCUUACCUAACAUGGCAAAACAAUAGCAAGGUUCGGUGGAUUUAAAAAACAGAUUUUUUUAGAGUUAUCUUAGUAUUAUAUAGAAAUCUAGUUUAUCUAAAUUUUUAUAAGAGAAUUACAAAAAUAAUUUAGAUCAAAAAAAAAAUAAUUAACCAAUUUUUGAUGGAAAGAGCCAAAAAAUUAAAUAUUUUGAAUACCCAGAAUUAUUAGCAAAAACCACUUAACUUGUAGAUUAAUUGGAAAGCUUAAAGUUUUUUUAAUUUUACUCAAUAACCAGCAUUCUUAAAAUCGAUGGCUAUAACUUAUUAGUUGAUAAUAAGUCGUUUAGCAUCAAUGGUCAAGAUAUAGAAUGUAUAGUUCAAGCUUUAAAGAUGAAAAGGUAUACAAUAUUUGAGUUCUAUGAAAGCUUCAUUCAUUUUUAUCAUGACUAAUAAAUUUAAAAGUUGAGAGAGACAGGUAAAAUUUCAAAUUGGGAAAGUUUUUCAAUAGAUAUUUUAUAGUUUUCAUCAAAUUUAGCAAUAGAUAUGACUAAAAAUUAAUUAUCUUAAAUCACAUAUUAAUAAAAAGGAAAAUUGAAAUUAACAAAUAAUUAUAGCAAUUAAUAUAACAAUGAUAGAUGGCUUGAUGAUUAUUUUAAUGAUUCAUAAUAAGAAAUUGAUUAUUAUAAAUUAAUAAGAAGUUGUAUCCUCUUAAAUGCUAAAGGAAGUAUCUAUUCCUUUACUCACAAAUCUAUUUAAGAAUUUUAUGUUGCUAAAUAUAUAAUAGAAUUGCUGCUGUAUUCUGAUUCUUAAUUUUUGAAUGAGAACAAUUUGGAUUAGAAAUAUGUUACCAGAUUAAUGGAAUAGUUAUAUAAUAAAUCUGAAUUAAACAUUUCAAAAGAUCAUUUUAAAGGAGUAUUAACAUUUAUCAAAGACAAAAUAAGUAGUCUAGAAAACAUAAAAAGGGUUCUUAUUAAUAUUGUUAAAUUAUCCAAAAAUGAGAAAUACAAAUACGCUGCUUCAAAUAGCAUUUUCUUAUUAUCUUAAUUGGAUGUUUAUUUAGGGUACGAAGAUUUUUCAGAAAUUUAGUUACUUGAUACAAACAUUUCAGGUUUAAGUUUUUGUUAUGCAAAUCUAAGUAAAUCUAAAUUUACCAAUACUAAUAUUAAUUCUUGCAAUUUUAAUUAUGCUAAUUUGACAAAUGUUGAAUGGACAAAUGUAAGAUGUAAAGAAAAACCAUUUUUAAAAGAAGAUGAACCAGUUAGACUAGUUGAAUUUUCUCCAAAUGGUAAAUUAAUUGCAUCAAAUGGAAAAGGCAAUUUAGUUAGUCUUUGGGAUGUGGAAGAUUAUAAAAUCAUAUAAUAAUUUAAUGAUCAUCAAGGUAAAAUUUUAUCAGUUGCCUUUUCACCUGAUAGUAAAACUCUAGCUUCAGCUAGUGAUGAUAAAACUAUAAAAUUAUGGGAUAUUUAGAAUCCAAAAAUUAAAUCGUUGAUUUAUACAAUAAAAUAUCAUGAUUAUCCAGUCACAGGAGUCAAAUUCACUUUUGAUGGAAAAAAAAUAGUUUCAGUUGAUUCUUCAGGAAUGCUGAUAAUUUGCAAUUUGGAAGGUGUCACAGAAAAACCAGAUGAUAUUCUAUUUUAGUAUGAAAAGAAAAUAUUGGUUUACACUUUCACAUAAGAUGAUAAAUUGAUUGCCUUAGGAUUAGAAGAUUCUAGCAUUAAACUAGUUGAAGUAAAUACUAAGAAUGAUAGGAUUUUAAUAGGUCAUACUGGGAAGAUUAAGGCCUUAGCUUUUAGUAAGGAAGGAAAUAUAUUAGUAUCUGCAUGUACAAACUUAUUAUUAUUAUGGAAUUUAAGAGAUCAUUGUAAGUGCUCAGUUUUAUCGUUUUAAGAAUAUUAAAUCUAAUAUUUAACCAUACCCAAUGAAACAGAAAUAGUCAUUGGAGCAGAAAACUAUCUAGCUUAUGGAGAAUUUUAGUAUGAUCAUUCUGCCUAUUUUGCAAAGAUAUAAUAUUCCUAUCCUGUUUACUUGUUCCCUAAUUCUAAUUUUGCUGUGAUUGUUUAAGUUUAAACAAUAUUGAUCUUAGAUCUAAAUACUUAAGCAAUUAUUAAUAGUAUACAUUUUCAUGCGAAAAUUACCUAAAUUUAUAUUACUAGUAAUGAAUAGAGAUUAAUAAUAAGAGCAAAUGAUGUAAGAUUUUUGGAUUUAAAUACUUUCUAAGAAAUAAUUCUUUGUGAAAGAGAAAAAAAUUCUAUUUAUUAUCAGGAUUUAAUAUUUGAAUAAUGUUAAAAUGAAAUUAUUAUUUAUGAUGAUAAGGAUCAGUAUUUUUAAGAAUCAGAAGAUUAAGCUUGUAUUCUCCAAUCAGAAAUUGAAUAUUUUUCAUUCCAAGCUAAUUAUUAAAUGAUGGCAGUGAAAAACAAGUAUUGUCCCUAAUCAAUAUGUUUAUAUGAUUAUAAAGAAAAAAAAUUAAUGGAUAAUGAAAUUACAAAAUAAAUAAGUAUUUAGUCUAUGGCUUUUUCCCCUUGCAAGCCUAUACUAUCUACUUUAUUUGGAGAUGGAAGUCUAUAUUUUUGGAAAAUUAGCAAAACUCCUUAUGAGUGUGAGAAAUUCGAUGAAAUAGAUGAAAAAAUUGUAAUAGAGUAAAUCAUUUAUUCUCCUGAUGGUUCAUUAUUAAUUAUUUAGACUAAUGAUUAAAAAAUAAGGAUUUUAGAUGAAAUUAACGGAUCAGGAAUUAAAAUACUUGAUUAAUGUAAGCCAUACAGGGGAACUAUUUUAGUAUCGUAUGAUAAUAAUACCUUAGCUUUUAAUCAAAUAUAAAGUAGUGAUUAAAUUAUUCUAUGGAACAUAAGCAAUAAUGAAAAAAGUGUUUUGAAAAUGGAAGUUUAAUAUUAAUAGCGUUCAUCUCUAAUAAUUCAAUUUUGCCCAGAUGGAAUAUCUUUAUUGUGUUUAUGCAAUGAAACAUUAUGGUUUUGGAAUUACAUUUCAAGAGAGAAAAUUAUUAAUUAUUAACUACCUUAUGAAACAUAUAACAGUCUUAGUUUUUCAAAAAAUGGUAAUUUAUUUGUGACAGGUGGGACUUACAUCAGAGUUUGGAAAUAUUUUGACAAUAAAAUUGAAAUGAUUAAUGCUUAUAAGCCUGAUUAAAAUGCUUAUUUAACUCAAAGUGGAAUCAGUUAAUUAUAGUUAAUUGAUAAUGACCAAAAUGUUAUGUAUCUUAUGCAAAGUGACAUAAAAAUAAUUCCUUUAUCAAAAUGCAAGUUAAAGGGAAUAAUUCCAACUUCAAAACAAUUUGCAUAAUUUUUAACAAAUGGAUAGCUUGUUACAAAAGAUUAUUUUGGUCUAUAAAUUUUUGAUUGGAAGUAGUAGACAUUAUUAUCUAGUAUCGAUUACAAUCCUAUGUGUGUACAAUUCUUUUAAGAUGGUUUACAUUGCAUAAUUUCAAAAGAAUCAAACAUUAUUAAGUAGAAUAUUUAUUCAAAAGUGGAAAUCUUUAAUAUUACUAUUUGCGAAGAAUGUUAAUCUCUCAAGCUAAGUAAAAACGAUUAGGUACUAAUUUUAGAAUGUUAAAAUCUUGUUAAAAUAUUCAAUAUCUAAGAUCCUUAAAACAUAUAUGAGAUUUAAUCUUAUGAAAAUAAAGCUUUAACAUAAUUUUCUUGGACAAGCAACAACGAUUAUAUAUGUUACAGGUCAAAUUCUGACUUUGUAAUUAGAGAAAUAAAAAUCCAAUAAAAAAAUAAAUUUAUGUUUCCAAAGCACAAAAUACUUCAAGUAAAUACUUUUGAUAGUAAUCAUAAAAUGUUUAUUCGAAAUACUGAGGGUUCAGGUAUCUUUGACCUUAUUUCUUAAAAAUUUGAAGUGUUUUAUGAAUUAUUAAGAGAAUCUGUUAUUUCUUCUGAUGGAUAUUUAAUAGCUUGCAAUUAUAAAUACGAUGGAUGCGGAUAGCAAUAAAAUUACGACUUUAAAUUCUAUGAUAUUAAAAAUAAUAAAGAUUUUCCAGUUUCUACUGAUAAUAAGAUGUUCCCAAUAAAAUUUUCUAAGAGCUGUGAUUUAUUGCAUUACUAUUAAGUUGAUAAAUAAGCAAUAGUAAGUUCUAUUGACGAAAAUAAACAACUAAAACUUCUCUGUUCUUUCCAGUGUGGAUCCAAUGUAGAUGAAGUAUCAGUAACACCUUCAUUUAAUUAUAUAUUUGUUAAGGAAUCAAAGAGGCUUAAAUUAAUGAAUCUGAAUUGGAUGUCAUAAGCCUAAAUAGUAAGUAUAAAUUAAUCGAAUGAAAAGAGUGAAAAUAAACAUUCUUUUGUAAUAUCUUCUGAUAAUUCAUAAAUUAUUUGUGGAUAAUCUUCUGAUAUUUAAUUAUAUAGUUUUAAUGGAAAUGAAAAACUAGAUAUUUAGAGAAGUUUUUCUGGAAAAAUAAAUUGCUUAGCAUAAAUUGAUGUAGAUAACAUUAGUAUUGGUUGUGAUAGAAAGAUCUAUCUGUUUAAUUUUAAUAAAUAAGAGGAUAUACUACUAGGAGAGCAUGAUAGCUAUGUUACAAGUCUCAGUUACUCAUAGAAAAUGUCAUUACUAGCAUCUGGUACUAAUGAUUAAAAGAUAUUUUUGUGGAAUGUGAAUGCUAAAAAGAAAAUAGCAGUAUUAGAAGGCCAUACAGGGGAGAUUAAUUAAUUAUCUUUUUCGCCUGAUGGAUAAUGUUUGGCCUCUGCAAGCGAUGACUAAUAAAUUAAAUUAUGGAAUAUUGAAUUAAGUGAAUAAUCAAAUAUAUCAAAUGGACAUUAACUAUGUGUUAACUAAAUUGCUUUCUCAAAUGAUGGUCUUAUUAUUGCAUCAUGCAGUAGAGACCGCUCAAUUAUUUUAUGGGAUUUAAUAGAAAAAAAUUUUAUUAUUAUGCUCGAAGAACAUACUUCAGUUAUACUAUGUUUAGAAUUCUCUUUUUGUUCUAAAUGGUUGGCAUCAUUAAGUAAAGAUGGAACAACAUGUUUGUGGGAUGUUAAAUUUCCAUAGGAGACUGUUUUAUACAAUAAAAUAAAUAAUGCUCAUCUACAUCCAAAUUUUUUAUGUUUUUCUCCAUUAGGAUGUUUUGCUACUAUUUCAAAAAAUACAAACAACAUAAAAAUUGAAAUUUGGAGUUUGAAUAAAAUAAACAAAAAAAAUGAAAAAUUUUAAAUCUUUUUACCAGAAAAAAAUCUUAUUAGUUUAUCAGAUGAUGAGGAUAUUAUAUUUUUAAGUUCUGAUAAUCUCGUUUUUGUUCAUAAUUUAUCAACUGACUAAAAAGAAAGUCUUGAAGGACAUUAGUCUGAAGUUGUAAUUAUUAAAUCAUGGGAUUAUGGUCGACAAUUAUUAUCAAUAGAUGAUAAAGAUAAUAUGAUUAUUUGGUAAAAAAUAAAUAAUAGUUGGAAAAAGCAAUCACAAAUUUUAUUAGAACCAGCUACUGUUUAAUUUGAUAUAAUUUAUAAUCAAUAUCAAAAUUACUUUGUAUCAAUUAAUAGUAAUGCUAUUAUCAUAUCAAAUCUUAAGUAAAUGUAAGAAAAGUUGCCUUCUAUUGAUUUAGAUAUAUAAUUUGAGAGCAGUUAUCUAUCAACCAGUUAAUAAUUAUUUAUAUUAAUGGAUGCAGAUUAAAUAACAGUAAUCGAUAGCUUUUCUAGAGAAAUUAAAUUUUAAAAAAAGGAUCUUAACAACUUAGAACAUUCAAUUAUAUCAAAUGAUGAUAGAUUUUUAGCUAUUUAAGAAAGAUAUGGAUCAAAGAUUACUAUCAUUGACAUCUCUUAAUAGUAAGAAGAUGUGAACUUAGAGAUUGAAGAACAUCCUAAAUCUUUUUAAUUUAGCAAGGAUGAUUCAAAUAUUCUAUAUACAGCAUCGUUAAGUGGCAAUAUUAUGAAGUGGAACAUAUAAAAUAAAUUAAAUGAAAUUAUUGUUAAAUUAGAAUCUUUCUAAUUGGAUUAUUUUUUAUAGUUUUGUAAACCAUGCAAUUUAAUAGGGUAUUAUAAUAAUAAUACAUAACUUUUGUUAAUCAAUCUCAAUAAUUAAUAACAGUAUUCUAAAGAGAUUCAAAAUUUGAAUGGUAUUGCAGCAAUUUCUUAAAAUGAAAUUUUAGUAGCUUUGGCUACUAGUGAUUAUACAAUUUAGUUAUGGAAUUAUGAGAAAUCAAUUACUACAGAAAUUACUUUGUUUAAAAAACAACCAACUCAAAAUUUAUUAUUUAUAAAAGAUGACACUGAACUUGUUUGUAGUUAAAAAGAAACAAUUUGUAUUUUUUCUGUUUAAGAUGAUUUUCAAUUCAAAUUAAAAAAUAUUUGGUAGAUAGAAAGUUGUUACAAUUAUACUUUCUGUCCUAAAAAUUUAUCAGUUUUAUGUUAUAGAGCUUAGAAUGGAUAUAGAAUGAUCAGUUUUUUGAAUCCUGGAUAAAGUAAGAUUUUAAUAGAUGAAAAAUAACAGCCAUUAAAAUUUUACUCAACUUAUAAUGGAGAUUAUAUUGUAUAAUUAAAUUAAUAAGGCUUUAUCAUAUGGGACAUUUAAAACGAAAAGUAAAUAUUAAAUACAGAUUAAUGGUCUGGAAAUUAUGUUAUGCUUAUAGAAUUAAAGACAGUGGUGAUAGGAGAUCAGCAUUACAUCAAUAUUUUAGAUAUUCGAGAAUUACCUAAUAUAACAUUGAUUUAGAAGAUUUUUUUAUAAUAACCUAUAAGAAGUAUUUCGUUUGCUUCAAAAUAGCAAUAUCUUGUUAUUGGUUAUGAUAACAAAAUAAUUGCAUGUGAACUUUUAAAAUGUGGAAUUUUGUAAUAAGUAGCUACAUAUGAUAUAUAAUUUUUUACAAAAGUAGAUUUCAACCCUGUUUCAGCAAAUCCAGUUAUUUCAGCAAAUGGGAAUUUUUUAGUUUACAAGCAGUAUAGGUCGUUCUAAUUAAUUAGGAUUAAAUAAUUACAUACAUUAGAGUUAAACGCUAAAAGUGUAAUUGGUCUUUAAUAUUCAUCAGAUUUCUAAAAUUUAAUUACACUAAUAAAUGGACGUCCUACACUGCUUACUCCUGCCUUGGGUAUGGUAGAAGCCCAAUUAGAAAAUGUCAUAAAAGAUAAUGAAGCCAAAUCAAUUGUAUCAGCUUCUGUGGAUUCAAUAUUUGCUAUUUUAUAUGAUGCUUUCAUAUUAAUAGUUAAAAUUAUAGAUUAAAAGAAAUUGAUUGUGAUUAGUAGGAUAUCAUCAGAAAGUUUCGAAAAUUGUGUUACUAUCAGUAUCAAUCCUUUCGCAACUCAAUUAAUUGUUGGCAGUGUAUCUGGAUCAAUUUAUUUUUGGGAUUUAACAAACUCUGAUGAUGAAGAGUUUAAUAAAUUUGAAAAACAUUUGAAAAUAGAAAAUUAAAAUGAUUAAAUUUGUUGUUUUACUUUCAGCCCAAAUGGAACUGAUUUUGCAGCAGGGGUUUUUGAUGGAUCUAUAAAUUUAUAUUCAAUUGAACAAAUUAAGAAUGAUUAAAAUAUAAAACAAAAUGAUGAAAAUUAAGAAUAGAGAUAAAUUUAAGUAGCUGAAAAUAUUAAAAAAGAAUUCAGAUUAAUUUGUUAUAAAUCAUUUUCCAGAUAAUCUUUGUUAUUAGCCAAUUAAAGCAUAAUAAAAGAUUCAAAAAUCACUUAAAAUGGAAAAUCAAUUAUUUAACUAUUCAAAUAAAAAGGAGCAAGAGAAUGA